AUGGCUGCCAUAUUGCCAUCUGUUGGAACGGCGUCAGCCCCAUUUUCCUUUGCAGAUCACUCGGCCAAAUUGUCUACCUUCUCCAUAUGCUCUCUCCCAGUUACUAGAUCUGAUCGAAGCUCGAUUUUGAAUCCGGUUUGCAGCACUCGGAUGCCUGGAAAGCUCAUUAACAAGGCUGUUGCGACACGGACUGAGAAUUCUGCCUCAGCAGCUUCGAAACCUGGGCACGAGCUCCUCCUUUUCGAAGCCCUGAGAGAAGGUCUGGAUGAGGAAAUGGCCCGUGACCCCUGCGUCUGCGUGAUGGGCGAGGAUGUGGGCCAUUACGGAGGCUCAUACAAGGUCACCAAGGGCCUGGCCGAAAAAUACGGCGACCUCCGCGUCCUCGACACCCCCAUCGCCGAGAACUCAUUCACUGGCAUGGCUGUGGGAGCUGCUAUGACGGGCCUCCGUCCCGUCGUCGAGGGCAUGAACAUGGGCUUCCUCCUCCUCGCCUUCAACCAAAUCUCCGACAACUGCGGCAUGCUCCACUACACCUCCGGCGGCCAGUUCACGAUCCCCACCGUCAUUCGCGGGCCCGGCGGGGUCGGCCGCCAGCUCGGAGCCGAGCACUCCCAGCGCUUAGAGUCUUACUUCCAGUCCAUUCCCGGCAUCCAGAUGGUCGCAUGCUCGACUCCUUACAACGCCAAGGGCCUCAUGAAGGCCGCGAUCCGCAGCGAAAACCCGGUCGUGCUUUUCGAGCAUGUCCUCCUUUACAACCUCAAGGAGCGGAUCCCGGACGAGGAGUACGUGCUGUCGCUUGAAGAAGCGGAGAUGGUGAGGCCGGGGGAGCACGUUACGAUACUGACAUAUUCUCGGAUGAGGUACCACGUGAUGCAGGCUGCCAAGACUCUGGUGAACAAGGGUUACGAUCCGGAGGUGAUUGAUAUCAGGUCGUUGAAGCCGUUUGAUCUGUACACGAUCGGGAAUUCGGUAAAGAAGACGCACAGGGUGGUGAUUGUGGAGGAGUGCAUGAGGACGGGAGGUAUAGGGGCGAGUCUGACGGCGGCGAUAAACGAGAAUUUUCACGAUUAUUUGGAUGCGCCGAUUGUUUGCCUGUCGUCGCAGGACGUGCCGACUCCGUAUGCAGGGACGUUGGAGGAGUGGACUGUGGUUCAGCCGCCACAAAUUGUGGCGGCUGUCGAGCAGCUCUGUCAGUAG